CUUCGCGCCAUCACAGAACCCGGUAGGUUUAGGUUUACCCUGUCAAGGGGGAACGUUACCGUUAGUUGUAUUGAAGAUAAGAGUAUGAAAUCUGUCGUGUAAAGGUUACGUUUUCCCCUCUACUUAUUUACAGCUACAGAGUGUACAUCAGGUAAGGAUGCCAAGCAAAUUUCAGAGUGGGGACACUGUGAUGGGUCGUUGGCCUGGCAGUAGUCUUUACUAUGAGGUGAAGGUACUGAGCCAUGACGACGAUGGUCAGCUGUACACAGUCAUCUACAAAGAUGGCACAGAGUUGGAGCUGAAGGAGAGUGAUAUCAAGAGCUACACCUCGUUCCGGCAGCAAUCUGGACGUUCUCGUUCUCGCUCUCGCUCUCCAGGACGGCGUCGUAGCCGCUCUCGCUCACCAGCCAGAACUUCGCGCCAAUCCUCAUCUCGUACCUCUUCACGCACCAGUGAGGGGAAAAAAGACAAACUGAAGGAGGUGUUGGAAGUCCGACUCACACCUGUGGUGCCUCCAACUGAAAAUAAUAGCAACAACAAGUAUGAAAAAGAGGAUACCAAUGAGCCAAAUGUAGAGACUGAGCAGCGGCGCAGUGGGCGUUACAAUCUGCGUCGUCGUAAGGAUGGUGACCCCAAGCAGGCUGAGGAGGUGAAGAAGGUGGACGAAGGCUCUACAACAUUGCCAUCUGCAUCAUUGAAAACUGAGGAGCUGGAGUUUGGUGGCAGGAUUGGCACAUUUGGCAUGCUACUGUUCCUGCCGUCUGUAGUGCUACUUCUCCUUCUUCAAGUUUCCCUUAAAGAUACCAGUCUACUGACGCUGCCUGCCAGCUUUCCCUCUGCUGAGGUUCUGUGGGACUGGCAAGUGUUUGGCCUGGUCAUCCUCUGGCUGUUUUUUCAAGCUUUGCUGUAUAUGCUGCCAUUGGGGAAGGUUGUGGAUGGAAUGCCUUUGAAGACUGGGAAGAAACUGAAUUAUAGGGUUAAUGGCCUCUAUGCACUGCUCAUCACUGGUGUGUCUGUUGGCAUUGCUGUGCAACAGGAGGUGGACCUCACUUACAUUCAUACUCAUUUUCUCCAGUUCUAUUCAUCAGCAUUGAUGAUGUCUGUUCUUCUGAGUAUUUAUCUUUACACUCGCUCACGCCAUCUCUCUGAGGAAGAGCGGGCUUCUAGUGGGAACUCUGGAUAUUUGUUUCACGACUUCUUCAUGGGCCGGGAGCUGAACCCACGAAUCAGGAGCUUCGAUGUGAAAUUCUUCUGUGAAAUGCGUCCAGGUUUAAUUGGCUGGGAAAAGAUUCUUACGACUAUGGAUAUAGUUCAUGAUGGCUUUGGAUUCAUGUUGGCCUUUGGAGACCUGGUAUGGGUCCCUUUCACUUUUACCUGCCAAGCACACUACUUGGUAAAUCACCCAAGUGAGCUAUCUCAGUUAUUCAUUGCAGUAAUCAUCACCAUCAAAGGCAUUGGAUAUUACAUAUUUCGCAAGGCAAACUCUCAGAAAAAUAACUUCAGAAGAAACCCGUCUGAUCCAUCACAUUCCCACCUAAAGACCAUCUCUACUGCCACUGGAAAGAGUCUCAUUGUGUCUGGAUUGUGGGGCUUUGUCCGCCACCCAAAUUACUUGGGUGACUUACUCAUGGGCCUUGCUUGGUCUCUCCCAUGUGGUUUCACGCAUGCUCUGCCAUACUUUUAUCUGGUUUACUUGCUCCUCCUGCUUAUACACCGCAACUCCAGAGAUGAAGUUCAGUGCAGGAAAAAGUAUGGCUCUGCGUGGGAUGAAUACUGCAAAGCAGUACCUUACCGCAUCUUCCCCUGGAUCUACUGAAACUCGCCGUCUCACUUGGUCAUUGGUUUAGAAACAAACAAAAAUGUACUUGUUGAGACAGUUUUAAAGGGCUCAAAUCAUUCUGUUAAUAUUUAAAAUGAGUACAACUAAGGUUGCAGUUUGAAUGCUUUGAGUAAACUGGAUUUUGAAACCUUUUGUUCAAUUAGAUGAACAUCAAACAAUUUGUGGUGUAAAUUCUUGUACAGAAAGAUCUUUUUCAAGUUGCAUGAAUAGCCAAGAACAUUGCUUGUCUUAAGUAGCGUGUUUAUUUUUGUUACCUAAAGUAUUAAAGAAUCAAUUUUGAAUGGUAUAUUUUGGUAUUAAUGUGUAUUGUGGACAGAGCAAUAUUAAUGCUUAUAUAGGCUUUAUGCUCAUAUAUAGCAGAUAUUCCCUCUCAGGACUUGAACAAUUUAAGGAAAAAGUAUUAGGGAUAUCAAAUGCUUGUGUAUAUUAUCUUAAUAGGUUUCAUGUGUUGAAUUGUAGUAUUUUUAUCCAAAUUUGGUAUUCUCUGAUUCCUCCCCCAUAUUUCAGUGUAAUUAGCUUGAAGUUGAAUGUUUUAUUUUUUUGUAUCACUGAAUGAAUGUAAAUAGAUAAUCAUGUUUUGAUAGAUUUUUUAUAUAAUGUUUUAGACUAAAAAUGGCUUUUAAUGUUUCAUUAGUUUUAUACAGAAUAGAAAUUUUACAGACAAUUACAUUUUGAUGCCAGUGAUUAUUUUAUUUUGGUAUUUAUUUGUUUUUUGGUCUCUCAGAUGUGGUGCUUUGACUCCCAGUCACCGUUUUUACAUCUGAAUAAUAAAUAUAAAUGAGAAUUGU